AUGGACUUCACAUACCGCUAUUCGUUCGAGCCUACGGACUAUGACACUGACGGUCUCUGUGAUGGUGUUCCGGUCCGUAUGCACAAGGGUGCAGACUUGGACGAGGUUGCCAUCUUCAAAGCUCAGUAUGACUGGGAGAAGCAUGUUGGUCCCAAGCUGCCCUUCCGAGGUGCAUUGGGGCCAAGACACAACUUCAUCUGUCUUACUCUGCCAGAGUGUUUGCCUGAGAGACUAGAGAUUGUGUCUUAUGCGAAUGAGUUUGCCUUCCUUCACGAUGAUAUUACUGAUGUUGAGUCAGCUGAAACGGUUGCUGCUGAAAACGACGAGUUCCUUGACGCCCUUCAACAAGGUGUUAGAGAAGGUGACAUCCAGAGCCGUGAGUCUGGAAAGCGUCAUCUCCAAGCUUGGAUCUUCAAGUCCAUGGUGGCCAUUGACCGUGAUAGAGCUGUGGCCGCUAUGAACGCUUGGGCCACCUUUAUCAACACAGGUGCAGGAUGCGCCCACGAUACAAACUUCAAGUCACUUGAUGAGUAUCUUCACUACAGAGCCACAGAUGUCGGUUACAUGUUCUGGCAUGCUCUCAUCAUCUUUGGAUGCGCCGUCACCAUUCCUGAACAUGAGAUUGAGCUAUGCCAUCAGCUCGCUCUUCCAGCCAUCAUGUCCGUGACUUUGACAAACGACAUCUGGUCAUAUGGCAAAGAAGCAGAGGCAGCUGAGAAAUCCGGCAAGCCUGGUGACUUUGUCAACGCCCUCGUUGUUCUGAUGAGAGAGCACAACUGCUCCAUCGAAGAAGCCGAGCGCCUCUGCAGAGCACGAAACAAGAUCGAAGUAGCCAAGUGUCUUCAAGUCACAAAGGAGACGCGAGAGAGAAAAGAUGUUUCACAAGAUCUCAAGGACUACCUCUACCACAUGCUGUUUGGUGUCAGUGGAAAUGCUAUCUGGAGUACUCAGUGCCGAAGAUAUGACAUGACUGCGCCUUACAACGAGAGACAGCAGGCUAGGCUCAAGCAGACCAAGGAUGAGCUUACUUCCACAUAUGAUCCUGUUAAUGCUGCCAAGGAAGCCAUGAUGGAAUCUACUCGUCCUGAGAUUCACAGACUGCCUACUCCCGACAGUCCUACUAAGGAGAGCUUUGCUGUCCGUCCUUUGGUGAAUGGCAGUGGACAAUACAAUGGCAACAAUCACGUCAAUGGAGUCUCCAAUGAAGUUGACGUGCGUCCUUCCAUUGAAAGACAUGUCUCAACCAAGCGAGCUACUUCAGCUGAUGACAUCGACUGGACGGCACACAAGAAGGUUGAUAGUGGGGCUGACCACAAGAAGACCUUGUCUGAUAUCAUGCUACAAGAGUUGCCUCCUAUGGAAGACGAUGUCGUUAUGGAACCCUACCGAUAUCUAUGUUCUCUUCCCUCAAAGGGAGUCAGAAACAAGACCAUUGACGCUCUCAACUUCUGGCUCAAGGUUCCCAUUGAGAAUGCAAACACCAUCAAGGCCAUCACUGAAAGCCUCCACGGAUCAUCCCUCAUGCUGGAUGACAUCGAGGAUCAUUCACAGCUGCGACGUGGCAAGCCUUCAGCCCACGCUGUUUUUGGCGAGGCACAGACCAUCAACUCUGCAACAUUUCAGUACAUUCAGUCUGUUAGCCUGAUCAGCCAGCUUAGAAGCCCAAAGGCUCUGAACAUCUUUGUUGAUGAGAUUCGACAACUUUUCAUCGGUCAGGCUUACGAGCUCCAAUGGACGUCUAACAUGAUUUGCCCACCGUUGGAGGAGUAUUUGCGAAUGGUUGAUGGAAAAACUGGCGGUUUAUUCCGUCUCCUCACUCGUCUCAUGGCUGCUGAGUCCACUACUGAGGUAGAUGUUGACUUCAGCCGUUUGUGUCAGCUGUUUGGUCGGUACUUCCAGAUCCGAGACGAUUACGCCAACCUCAAGCUCGCAGACUACACCGAGCAAAAGGGCUUCUGCGAAGACCUUGAUGAGGGCAAGUUCUCACUUCCUCUCAUCAUCGCCUUCAACGAGAACAACAAGGCUCCCAAAGCCGUAGCUCAACUGCGCGGUCUCAUGAUGCAGCGUUGUGUCAACGGCGGUCUCACCUUUGAACAGAAGGUGCUGGCACUGAAUCUUAUUGAGGAGGCUGGUGGAAUUUCGGGCACUGAGAAGGUGCUGCACUCACUUUAUGGUGAGAUGGAGGCUGAGCUGGAGAGGUUGGCCAGUGUGUUUGGAGCCGAGAACCACCAGCUUGAGCUCAUUCUGGAGAUGCUGCGUAUAGAUUAG